CUUUUAGAUUUAAUAUAUAUACACUACAAUAUCUUAAUAAUGUUGAACUUAUUCCGAAGGCAUUUUAAUUGGACAUGUAACCUAAGCAACUCUGAAGAUUCUCGCAUCCGUGCGAGAGGGAAAUCCAAACCUACAGGAUUUGUGGUUCGCACAGCGGUUGUUAUGAGGUCUAUCUUCUGGGCUAUAACGUUUUUAAGGGCUACAGUUACAGUGACGUCACGUAACUGAUUAGUCAGAAGAAAAUGGAGAAGAGAGAUCUAUUCAUGUUCAGAAACAUGAUGGUUGUGGAUGCAGUUUAAUUUAUGAUGCUGCCAGUAUGUCAGACUGUGUAACACUGAAUGGCUUGGAACGUGGUAGCAGCGGCCAAGGAGGAAAUCUAGGUCAGGCAUCGUUGAAGGAACCAAUGGGAGAGCAGAACUUGGUCACGUGUGUUUGUUGUUAUCUGUCAGCUGUUGGGCCCGGGAACCGGCCGGUGAAUUUUGCAGCUAGCAGCUGAGCUCGACAAUCCAGCCAGUCACGGAGCAGGCCGGUGAGUGUCAGCUGAUUGGCUUUGUGCUGCGGUAUAACGAGCCGACGUUGGUCGUGUGUAGAAGAAAUACUUUUGCGUCACUUCAUUAUGAUACGUUCAUAUUGUAGAACUCUUUCGUUCAUGAAUAUCUGUAGACUGGUGAAGACAAGUUUCUGCUUCCAAGAGUAUGAACAAACGUUGUCGUCCUGUAAGUGGUGUUAUAUUGACGAUGUGGUUUAGUGAGGACAAAUGAAAAUCAAGUGGCAAAAAAGCGAAACACUCAAUUGACUCUUUCCGUUACAGAGGUUUAGUAACCUUUGGGCGCGAAAGAAAAGAACAUUUCGGAAAAGGAUUUUAGUUCCAUUUUAGUGCGUUGUGAAUUGUGUCAGGAAUUUGUUAAUAGAGUAAGCAGUCUGAGUACUCACAAAAAUUGGUUUUGUGAUAAUACGUAAUUAUUGACCCGAUCAUAAUUGUGGACUACGUUAAAAAAAAACUGGUGCUAUUCGGUGACCUACUUUCCAGUGGCGCCAUUGUUAGAAUUGAGUCGGGAGUGCUAUUUUUGUUCUUUGGAUUAAUUUUGGAGCGGUGUGUAAAUAUUAAUGAAGUGAACCAUGUCUACCGGGAAACGGUUGGCUAAACGUUCUAUAAUAGGGACUAGAGUUUGUGCCCAAGGUGAAGACGGUAAAUUUUAUUCCGGUGUUAUUCAUGCGGUCAAAACACCAGGGAACUCCGACACGUUCGCAAAUUCUGCUGGAGAAACGAGAUAUUCGGUGCGUUUUGAUCCUCUGCCUGGAAACAGUAAACGGCUUGCAUCCGCGAUGAGAGAAUACAGGGAAACUGAGCUGAUCGGUCCCGGGUUCCAAGCCGUGACGGGAUUCAAACUUCAGCCAGGACAGAAAGUUUUUCUUACGUACAAUGGUCGAGAAGUCUCCGGUGAAGUGACGUCACAUCAGCCUCAUAUAGAUGAAGUCAUCGUUAAUAUAACGCCCCCGGGAUACGAGGGCCCAAUGGAACUGAAGAAGAGGCUGGAGGAAGUUCGUCUGCUGGAGUCGCGCAAGUCUGCCCGCCUCAUGGACCAGGACACGGACUUCGCGAGGCUGGCCGACAUGUCCGGUGACCGCAAGAGACCGUCGUCCCACUCUAUCGAUGUGCCCGCAGUGCAGGGUAUGCUACUCAUUCCUAAUGGCGCAGAGCGGCCGGCUUCUCCGAGUGCAAUCCGUUUCGGGAUAGAGGAAUCUCCACAACAGCACGACGUUCCUAUGCCGUCCCGCAAGCGGCGGCCCAGCUCCUCGCAGGAAGACUUCAUGGACGAGUGCACGGCGGCUCUAGUGCUCAUGAGUCUGUCCUGCAGCCCACAUUCGCCCCACUUGAACGGAAUGUCGUGGGGAGAGCACCAGUCCCCCAGUCCCAGCAGCGACGCCUGCUCCUGGAGGAGCUCGACGCCCUCUCCCCCGCUCAGCGAAGGGGGCUCCACAUCUACCUUCUGGUCGCAGGUAACCACUGAUGAAGGCAUCGUCAUCGAUGACUACGAUGAGCUACCGCGCAAGAAGAAGGCAAGCCGGAUGGUGUUCCAGUGUACAUGGCCAGGUUGCCUUGUUAUCACCACGACAUGCGCCGCCAUUGAGGGUCACGUUCGAAAGAUGCAUCUUGGUCCCCGCAAAACAACAGAGAAUGAUUUGGAGUUGAGUGAUCAUGAAGAAGAAUUCUAUUAUACAGAAGUGGAGCUGGGCCUCCACACAUCUUCACCACCGACGCUGUCACAUCGAGACAUGGCAAGACCACCACAUGAAGAUCCUGAGUACCUGAAGGAACUGAAGAAUGGCUUCACACCUGGACACCAGAGAGCAGGUCCUAUCAACAUUCCAUCAGGAAGUUUGCCUUGGUCAUCAGCAGCCACUGCUACAUCUCCAAGCUCACCUCAGAAACACCUGAAACUCAGCCCACGAACAGGCAGCGUGACACAUCACCAGUCCAGUGGUAGCCAGCUGCUGUCACUGUCAGCACCCAACAAACUGCCUGGUAGUCCAACUAGAAAACUGCGAGGUGAAACAAAGAAGUGUCGCAAGGUAUAUGGAAUGGAGCAUCGAGAACUCUGGUGCACCCAGUGCAAAUGGAAGAAGGCAUGCACAAGAUUUGGAGACUAGAGGGACUGCAUCUCCAUCAUUGUCAAGUUGUGGCCAGAAACAACGGGCAUUGUCAGACAGUUAUGGAUGAGUGUUGUUAACACUGUUACAGCUGAAUUUCUCACAGCAGAGACAGUUAAGGGUACUACCCUCCGGGAUGUGACACUGAGUAGUCUCGUAGGUUUCCAGUGUUUCAUAGGAGCAUACUGCCUCCAUCUUCAGGAUGGUACUGCAGGCCAAGCCAGCAACAAACAAGCAACAAGCAUAGCAAACCAGUCUCGGAAGGCAUAAUAUGGAUACAGACCUGGUUGAGUACCCUGCAAGAACUAGCAGGGGUGCAAGACUCACUGUGUUUGCUGAAGCUUGCUGCUUGUUUUGCUCACACUUCAGCCCUGGAGACAGUGGCAGUUCAUUUCACUGAAACAUCAGUAAACUUGUACCAGAGUACAUAGCAUCACAUCUGAGAAGAUAGUAAGUAUACAUCAUUGGUAACACUGCUUCCUGAGAAGCAAGUUCAGCAAGGAACCACUUUGAACAGAAGUGUGUAUCCCAUUUUGGUAGCUCUGAUAUAUUUAAGUGUAAAGCAACACAUGCAUUGUGCGAUUGCUACAUAGCUGUUGGUAAUGAAGACCCUUGCUAGUUAGUUGGUACAUUUUGAUUCUACAGUAUGGCACACACCAGACUAUCUCCCUGUCCCUUCCUUCAGUUGGUUAUCUGCCUAGAUCAUGAUUAUUCAUGGUACAGCUUGCAACAUCAUUAACUGAUCAUUCUGUGAUGAGGAUUCUCCUCGAUUUCUGGGAAUUAGCGAAGUCCUCAGAGCUAUGAAGGCUUUCAAUGGAAAGUAUAUUCACUCUUCUCUCCUUUGCCAUUGCAGGCAGCAAAUAAACAAGGACUGAAGUCUCACCCUAGCAGCUCCUUGGCCCAUUCUCUAGUGACUUACAUGGCCCCAAGCCCUUGUCUGGGGUAGGUGUCACAUUUUGUUCUGCAAUUCAGUGUGUGAAGCAUGAACGUAAGUUGGGAAUUUUUGAGAGCAAGGAAUGAAGGAAAGUAUUUAGACCCAUGAGAGAUGAUGAAAAUGGGAAGUGAAGUAAACGAUGAGGGGAGGAAUUUCAAAAUUAGUACCCUUUUCCCAGAAUUGUUGGAUCAGUUAAUUCAGGUGCAUGCAGCACAGACUGGGGAACCAAACAGAAUUCUGGAAGGGAAAAUUCUUUGAGACUAGAAAGUUCAAGUACCAAGGUAGAACUGAGAAUGUAAUAUUAAAAUCAAUCUUAGGAUAGGUGUUGUGGAGGUGUGAAUUCCAUUGGACUGACUCAGGACAAGAGGGUUGGUUUCUGUGUUGAUGGUGUGAGUCAGUGUAACAUAAUAGCAUAUUAGGGAUCAAAGGAAAAUGCAUGAACUAUGGCCACUUAACUGUAUGAAAUCAAUAAUAGCCUGAAUACAAAUUUUAAAUUUUACUCUCAGUUCAUUUAAUUCUGUUACUGUCAUAUGCUACCAUCUUCAUUCUUUGACAAUGAUACAUUUAAUUCAUAAUUCUAAGAAGUGGUUACAGAUUACAUUGGUGAUCUAAAAUAACUUUAAAAAUACUGGACUAGAUUGGUUGCAACUGCUGUAUCUCUAAUUUCAGGACUGUGCCCAGAUUAGGAAGAUUUGCACUUCCAGUAUCAGAUGCCUUUCUAUGUUGGACAAGUUCUUACUUGACAGAAUAACAGAACUUGUGUAUGUAAGUUGUGGUUUUCAGCUUCUGUACUUGACAAAGAUAUGAAAAUGGAAGAACACAGGGGCUCCUUUUCUGAAAAUUUUCUUUGGUUUAUGUUUGUUAUAAAGUCCUAAAAAUUGUCAGAACAUGAGGAGAUACAACAGUGUUUACUGUAACAGGAAUAUAUGAGCCCAUGACUAACAAAAUAUAUGCCACUCAAGUAGUAUCAUAUGUCUGUAACAUUAAAAUUAUCUGCUAAAAGCAAUAUUAAAUGUAGGGUAAAAAUACCAGUAAAUGCAGCUUUGUGUAGGUUUUAUAUCUGUGAAUGUCUUUUUAACA